AUGACGCUUGAUAAGAGCAGCCACGUUUCUCACCAUACGCAAGCCGUCCACCUACAACCCCUCGAGCGUACGCGCAGCAUUUCACGGCAUUCGACCACGCGCAAUGGCGCUAGCACCGCCUUUGAGUCCGAGAUGGCCGACGAUAAUGAGACUGUCGCCAGAAACGUUUCUCACGUAACAGAUGUAGAGAGUCAGCUCACCGCCACUGGUCGCCGGAGACCCAGCGUUGUUGACAAUGACCCAUAUGGCCUCUCCCGCGCCUACAAGACCGAUUCCGACCUUGAAGCUAUCAAAGCUAACACAUCGCGAAAGCGGGAUAGUCUCCCUGGUCGCAAAUGUGUCCCCGGCAAGGUUGGCUCAAAGAUCAAGGUCCGCAAGCUCCAGGGCUUCUACAAAAAUCAGAAUGCGGCAAUUGAUCGCAUGCUCAAGACAGUCGAGGAGCACCGUGACGAAGCCCGCGACCAGCAUGGCGAGGACCAGCUCAAGUUCCGUAUUGCUGUCUGGGGUUCCCUCGCCGCCAACAUUGCCCUGUCGGCUAUCCAGCUCUUCGCUGCCAUAUCGUCAGGCUCUCUUUCGCUCUUCACCACCAUGGCCGACUCCAUCUUCGACCCUCUUAGUAACCUCACUCUCAUCCUGUCAGCUCGAGCCAUUCGCCGUGUCGAUGCCCGACGAUUUCCUGCUGGAAAGGCCCGCCUUGAGACUGUUGGUAACAUUGUCUUUUGUUUCCUCAUGAUCGCCGUCUCGCUCAUCAUCAUUGCCUUUGCUUGUCAAGAACUGGCCCAGUCCAAAGGGGACAAGGAGUUUCAUCUUCCUGCUGUUAUCUCCGUCUGCUGUGCUUUUGCCACAAAGUUUGGACUCUUCCUGUACUGUUGGGCUCUCAAGGACAAGUACAGCCAAGUCAACAUUCUCUGGCAGGAUCACCGUAACGAUCUUCUCAUCAACGGCUUUGGUAUCCUCACAGCUACCGGCGGUGCAAAGCUGGUUUGGUGGAUUGAUCCCAUGGGCGCCAUCCUCCUCUCUGUUCUGAUCUCAUGCAUUUGGCUACGUACCGCUUUUGGGGAGUUCCUGCUCGUCGUCGGAGUUACUGCUUCUGUCGAGACACAGCAGCUCAUCACGUACGUGUGCGUCACACACGACGAUUCAAUUGUUGGCAUCGACACCGUUCGUGUGUAUCACUCAGGUCCUCGUCUGAUCGCAGAGGUGGACAUUGUUAUGGAUCCAACUCAAACUCUCCAAGAGAGCCAUGACGUUGCAGAAGCGCUACAAAUCAAGCUGGAGGAUCUACCGGACAUUGAGCGGGCAUACGUUCACAUCGAUUACGAGACAACACAUAAACCAGAACACGCAUUUAAGAAGGACAUGUAG